AUGUCAGAAGAUUUGCGCAAAUCUCAUAGUAAUCAACUAUGCAGUGUAACAGGAACAGUGGGAUUAUCUCAAAGCGAUUCAGACGUUCCGUCCUCACCAACAGAAUCUGAACUCAAGGCCUCACAAAUCAAACCUAUUACCGCAAACAAACUGGAUGUAGAUGAAGAUGACCGUUUCCCCGCAUGUAUUCGAGAUGCGGUGUCGCAAGUUCUUAAAGGCUACGAUUGGUCUCUUGUUCCUUUGCCUAUACGGGGCAGCAGAUCGAUGAGGGAUAAACCUCAUGUCAAAAGACCGAUGAACGCAUUUAUGGUGUGGGCACAAGCAGCGCGCAGAAAACUAGCGGAUCAAUAUCCACAUCUCCACAACGCGGAACUUAGCAAGACUUUGGGAAAGUUGUGGCGCUUACUCUCUGAGAACGAAAAGAGACCGUUUGUGGAAGAAGCAGAGAGGCUACGAGUGCAACACAAAAAGGACUAUCCCGACUACAAGUACCAGCCACGACGGCGGAAAAAUUUGAAGCCUGGACAGACAGAGCUAGACGCGGGUCCUCAGAUUGGUCAGCAGCAUCUGUACAAGACAGAGCACAAAGGGAUGGAAAUGGGACAUUCGCACCAUCAGAUGGAACAUGGGAGUCAACAGCAUGGCCCACCUACACCUCCUACCACACCCAAAGCCGAUCCGCAUCAAGGAUCUAAGGUCGAGUUGAAGCAUGAAUCCAGGCGCGUUCUGGACAGCGGGAGACAGAACAUUGACUUCAGCAAUGUGGACAUAUCCGAGCUCAGCACUGAUGUCAUCAGUAACAUUGAGAAUUUUGAUGUUCACGAACUGGAUCAGUACUUCCCGUUCCAUGCCACGGGGUCAGUGAACUUGGACCAUGGCCACCAUUUAACCUCUGGGUGCUUCAGCACUUCCUAUAGUCAUGUCUCCGCGUGGACGAAUAAAAGCUCGGGGUUGUCUACAAUCACUCCUGCCAAGAACAACAGUAUAGACCAGACACGGCCGCAAAUUAAAACGGAACAACUGAGUCCUGAUCACUACAGCGAGCCGCACGGCUCCCCGACCACCUCUGAACACGGUUGCAACAGCACUCAGUCGGGUACAUCUGUCACCAGUUCAGUGGGAGAUUAUGCAGACAUACAGAGUUCUAACUACUUCUCAACAUUCUCUGGCUACCCCACCAGUAUUUACCAGUAUCCUUACUUCCACUCCACGCGCCGACCAUACGUAACACCCGUACUGAACAGUCUAACUAUUCCACCACCACAUAGCCCGAGCCCAAAUUGGGAACAGCCCGUGUACACAACACUGACAAAGCCUUAG